CUGAGAGACGCUUUGAACAAAACUGGUUACAACUACCUAGUUCGUUUACACAAGAGGGCGGUUCUUCCCCCUUAUAUCUUUCCCUCCCCUCCGCGCAUCCAAUAUCGCCUCUUACCUUUAUUACAGUGUUCUUUGCUUAUUGCCUACGUCUAGGAUAUUGAACUAUGCGCCAGUGCGCUAGAUGUGAUUUGCACCGGUGGAGUAGGCUACACCGCUUCCCCGCAGCAUGCCUUCACGGGCGCUGUGAAACGCACCGGACAUCCGUGACACUGUCCUCCAGUUCAUAAUCGAUUCUGUCACCGUGUACGGGUUAUUGAGCGCUGUCAGAAGCCACCAUCAGCGUAACCGAUCAACGCAUUUAUUCAAAAAGUGAAACAAAUUACGCGGAUUAAACACGAUGGAGAAAGCGAUAACUAUGAAGGUAAGAUUUGGAUUCCAAGUGGACGUGUUGCUAUGUAAAUCGUUUUGUAAAUUGUGCUUAUACCAAUAACGUGUAAAAAAAAAAAAAAAAAAAAAAAAAAAAAAAAAAAAAAAGCUGUUUAGUUUGUUCAGAACAGAAGUUAUCACUGGUCCAGAAGGCACAAUCUCAUGACAGUGAGUCGCUAUUGUUUUGGAGUGUCUUAACGAAGUGCAGACGAGCUGUCCGAUUUGCGUUUUUUUUUUUUUCUUCACCCUGUUGUUUUUUCCCCUCUCUCAUCAUCAUCACGGGUCGCGUUCCCAGCUGUAGUCUACCACAGUGUUCAAAUAAACCGUCUGGCGCGUGCAUCUCUUCUGAGAUGGGCACAGUUCUCUAUAUUCUCUAUAUUAUAUAGUAAUUUUAAGUCAUAUAAAGUUACAAAAAUCACAUUAUCUUUCUAAAUAAUUUACAUUUAAGGUUUUAAAUUAUUAUUUUUUAUUUUUUUUACCGUCAGGGUCAAAUCUAUAUUUGCCGGAUCAAUGUAUAUAGACGCGUUUAAACGGAUUAUCUUUGAACGGCUAAAUUGCUUGAAAAGAAUGUGUGUAUGUCAGCGGCAGUGCAGUUUGAUUGCCAUGUCUAAGGUUGCAGUAAAGAAACUGCACUGGCGUUCCAAAGUGCAGGAGAGCUUCGUACCCCUGGUGGACAGCUCGGGGGAGCUGGGCAUUUUCAUUGGAGGCGGAGCCGAUUAUGGAGAGUUUCCAUUUGUCACCGCUGCACCAGGGGGAGGGAUCACAGUUGGCGAUAUCAUCUUAGAAAUCGGAGGAACUCCUGUUUUGGGGCUGACCUUAGGAGAUGUGCGAGGGGUCCUAAACUCCUGUCCACAUCCAGUCCGCAUCAAGACAGUGUCUCCAGGCUCAACUCUAUGCAAGGAUCUGCGUUUAUACCUGAGCAAAUGUUUCACACCUGGUUCCAUGGACAGUCACCUCCAACAAGUGAUACGAGAAAACCUCUACCUGAGAGCCGUGCCCUGUACAACUAGGCAGCCACGAGACGGAGAGAUCUCAGGAGUCGACUAUAACUUUGUCUCGGUUGAGGAGUUUUUCUCGCUUGAGGAGUCCGGGGCACUGCUGGAGAGUGGCAAGUUUAAAGGGAACUAUUAUGGAACCCCUCGUCCAGUCCACAUCAGCGCUGAUAGUCCCCCCAUCACCUACCAGGAGCACCGGAACCUGCUGAGAAACUUCUGCACACGUUGCAAGUCCCUCAGCAACCUGGAGAAAGCGGGUGAAGAGGGGUACAAUAGUGAGGAGGACUCAGGUCUGGCAGGUGGUUUGGCCGGGGCGAUCAGUACUCCUGCCCCCACUUCAUCCCCCAGUCAAUCACGAGAUUCCAGUGGAGGAGAUGGCAGUGCCCUGGAGAAUGGGGUCGGACACCGUAGAAGUGCACGGGUGACAGGGCCUGAAAACUGGGGAAUGAUGUACAGUGACUCAGGGAAUCCCUACUACAAAGUUCCUCAGCUAAACCCAUCCUCUUGGCUUAACCACCAAACUCACAGCAGAGAGAAUGUCUGCAUGACUGAAUUGGUAGAGUUUACAGAUCAGCCAAGUGAAUUGAAAGGCUUCACUGUUCACACUCGUCUGUGUAAGGGCCCACGGGGCUUUGGCUUUAACAUUGUGGGUGGCAGCAGGCCGAGGGAGUUCCUGCAGAUUUAUAGCAUCACUCCUGGAGGACCUUCAACACUUAACACAGCGGACAUUCUGGUGUACAUCAAUGAUAGCUGUGUGCUGGGAUUCUGUCACAAGCAAGUAGUGGAAAUGUUGAAAACCAUCCCAGUGGGUCAUAACGUGGACUUUGUGGUCCGUAGGGGCUACCCCAUGCUCUAUAACUCUGACGGCAGUCCUAAGAUGCCCCAUCAUAGGCUACCUCUACCGACCACCACCCAACCCCAGGCACAAGCUCCUCUCCCUCACGCUCAUCAACACUUCAACCACAAUGGUCCUAUGUGGUCUGAUUUCGAGAGGUCUUCAAGAAAUCUCAGAGUCCGGGCAUCAAGAUUGAGUCUGGAUGCUAAUGGUAAUUCACCUCCUUACGGUUCACCACCAAGGCAGCCAUCCUCAUACCAGUACUCUAAUGGGUAUGGAAGUGAAUAUUUGAGACCACCACACUCUGCAAGAGGGAUCAGGAGGCUACAGAGUGCAGAGCUGGCCAGCCAGAGUGACAGUGAGGUGGUGUCUGCAAUUGGAUCACACAGGGCCUCCUCUGUCCGCAACCACAACAAUAACUCCCUCUCUACUCCUCCACCUCUCCGUCUGUACUCUGGUAAAUUGUCUGAAAGUGACCUUUCCUCAUAUACUCCAACGCCGCCUGUAUCCCGAUUGCCUCUACUCCACACAGAGGCAAGUCCAGGUCCUGUCUGCUUCUCUCCUGGAGGCAGAAGAUGCUACUCCCAUCUCCAAAAAACCCAGCAUGCACUGCUAACCCCACCUAACAGUGCCCAUUCAGACGGGCCUUACUUCACCUUCAAUGGAACAACCAGUGCCAGCAGCGGCAGCCCCAACAGCAGCAUCCCAUCUCCUGGAGCGAUGAGUGCUAUCAUUGGGAGUGGAGGUGGGGGCUUGCCUGCAGGUGGGGAACUUGUCCCUGUUGCCUUGGCUAAGUGUGAGAGGGGAAGCAAUAUGGGGUUCAGUGUCAUGGCAGGAGGACAUGGAGGGAGACAGACACUUGUGAAGAAAGUCUGGGACCACCGACAGUGUAAUAGACUGCAGUCUGGAGAUGCCAUUGUCAAGAUCAACGGAGCAGAUAUACAGAGUCUCAGCUUUGCACAGGUCCAAAGGAUUUUGCAAGAACAUACUAAAAAAGGGGAAGUUAUUCUGCUGGUUUACAGAGGGGGCCCCUCACAUUUCUCCAUUUCUCCGAAUUCUGUGCGCCGAUUCACUCCUCCACCUCCACGCUCUGCCUCUGAAGUCCUGCUUACUGAUUCCACACCAUUACCACGCAACUCUAUUAUUCCACCUUCUCCAGCACUGGUGCGCUUCUCAUUGGUCCAAAGCACCAGUUUCCUGGAUUCAGUACCUGUCACACUCACUCUCGAGCCGUGGGAUUGGAUGAGUUCAGAGGAAGGUGGGACAGUGCUCAGCCCAAGAGUAAAGACAGAGGAGAAAGUACAGCCCAGGAUGCUACGAGGGCAUGAGGUGGAACUGAAGAGGAAGGCAGGUGAAGGAUUUGGAUUCGUUAUUGCCUCUCAGGAUGUGGACAAUGGCAAAGCAGCCUCUUUGCUGCCUCACAGGUUUGUGACAGUGCGUCGAGGCAGCCCAGCGGCACGGAGCGGGCAGAUCAGGUCUGGGGAUCGCCUGGAGGCAGUGGAUGGCAGAUCAGUGGUGAAUUUACCUCACAGAGAGCUGGCACAGAUCCUGAGAAGAGCUGGAAACACACUCCGCCUGACUAUCGUACCACGAUCCAGUGCUCAUUCGUCAGAGCGAGCAGACAAUGAUCCUGACUUGAGGAACAGGUCUCACAGGUCAAAACCAAAGGAUGCUUCACGGUACUACAGUGUUGAACUGGAGAGGGGUCCCACAGGAUUUGGCUUCAGUCUGAGAGGAGGAAGUGAAUAUAACAUGGGCCUCUAUGUGCUGGGACUGAUGGAGGGAGGACCGGCCUCACGCAGUCACAAAAUACAGGUGAGUGAUCAGUUGAUGGAGAUUGAUGGGGACAGUACAACAGGAAUGACUCACAGUCAGGCUGUGGAGCAAAUCAGGACUGGAGGAAGCAGGAUACACCUUGUGUUCAAAAGAGGCAAUGGAUACGUCCCUGAUUACGACCGUGAUUACAUCACAGCCAUCACCUCCUCACCCAAGGCCCUGCAGUCGCGUUUGGCUGCAGUAAGCCAUCGUCGGGCCCAACAGGAUGCCACAUCCACCGUUCCAAAACCAGGGAAGACCAAGAGAGGAUGGAGAGAAAAGAGGGAGUGUGAAAGUGACGGAGGAGACUGGGAGAGUUCUGACAGUCAUGAGGACAGCAGUCAGAGCAGGGGGCAAAAGUCGAAAUACAACUGGAGGAGUCGAGGGUCACAGAGCUUGCCCAGAAACACACUAAGAGGACAUGGUGAUGAAAAUGAGGAGGCAAGGGUUGAAAGAGAAGGGAGAGGAAGGAGAAGCUGUAGAGAGAAGGGCGAGAACAAGGUGAGAUGGAGCAAGAGCGAAAAGAGGGUGAGACAGGUGAGGAGUAAGAGUGAUGGAGAGAUGGGUAAUGAGAAGAGCAAGAAUACUCAACCAAUCAAUAACCAGAGACUUCCAGAGCCUAAAAUGCAAUGGGAGGAAGAGGAGGAGGGGGAGAGUGAAAUAGAACAAGAAUGGAAGAGAGGGAGAGAAAAAGAAUGGGAGAGGGAGGAGAAUAGAUCACACACUCUAGAGAGCAACAGAGAGGAAGAAAGAAAAAAUGAGAGCAAGGCAAAUAAGGAAGCACUUGAGUGGGAGCUGAACCAAAAAACUGAAGCAGGGAUUCCAGAUGAAUUAAAGAGAGAUAGAGAACAAGAAAAUGAGGUGGAAAUGAGUCUCCAUAAGUGUCAACCUUUUUCAGGCAUACACGUCCUACCGACACAUAUUCGGCCUUGCCCACUUUGACCUAGCAAACCCAUAUCUGCCCCUUCCUCUGAGGGGCCAAAAGGGGACCCUGAAUUCAAUCAGUCACUGUUUGCUUUCCUCACGUCAGUGCCGUCUGACUAUGCAGAGUCAAGAGCCAGUGUAUCUGAUGGUAGUAUUUCUGCAGCCAGUAUCUCUGGUCUCUCUGUAUAUUUAAAUGAAUGGCAUAACUCAAAAAACAAACAAAAGGCCCUUGGGCCCCCAUUUCCAGGCCCCUGGCUAAAACCCACCUCACACCAUCUCAGUAGAGAGGUUGAAAGGACACAAUUGUUAAGGAAAGUGAUAGGAAGAUGUAGAGGAACAGAAAAUUUAUUUAUUAAUUAGGGGUGUUUGCUAAGGCAAUUAUCACUAUUAGUAUUGCUAAUACUUAUGGUUAAGGAUUUGAACAAACCCCUAAACCGAAGUAUUAUACUUCAGUGUUUAACCAAUCUUGCCAAGAGGGAUUCUAAGCAAAAUUCUAUUGGCUUUGAAGGAGGAAACCUAGACAAACCUAGGGAUCAGAAUAUCAUAGACACUUAGUGGUGGGCUGUUUUGACUUGAGCCAGGGGUGUGUUUCCCAAAAGCAUCGUUAGCCAACUAUGGUCGCAAAUUCCAUCGUUACCAACAUAGUUCAAUGAUUUGGUGUUUCCUGCAACCAUAGUUACAACAAACAUUCACAUAGGUUGCAAAGUUGUGUGGUUGGAACUACAGCUCUUUAGCUGUGGUUUGAAGCAUAGUUCCUUGUUAGUUUGCUAUGUGGAUAUCAUUAGACUUCGCUGAGGCUACUAUGUCUUUUAUUACAUAUAUAUCUUUCAUUCUGUCAUGACUUUGAUCAUGUUUACAUGAAUUUAAGAAUAUGAAUUAUUCCUGGGUUUUGCAGAAAGCGGCAUUCUGGAAUGUCAUGCAAACGCAAAUGCAGCCGUUUAAGGGAUUAAAGGUUGUUCAGAGAAAGUGCUUUAACACAUGGUUUUGUUGGAGAACACGGCUUCUGUGUCCAUGUUAAAGUUCUGUGUCCAUUGUUCUGUGUCAGGUGUAUGUGUAAAUUAGCUUUUAUCAUUUGUUAUUCUGGAAGUUAUUACUCCACUCCUGCGUAAUGCCAUCCCAACAGCUCUAUGUUGUUAACAGUGUUGGGUAGGUUACUUAAAAAUGUAAUCCACUACAAAUGACUAAUUAUUUCUCUUAAAUUGUAAUCAGAUUACAUUACUAAUUCCUUCAGUGAAACAGUAAUCACAUUAUUAAGUACUUUCCUCUUAAUUUACUUUCUAAAGUGGAGGCCUGGGUAGCUCAGUGAGUACUGACGCUGACUACCACACCUGGAGUCACGAGUUCGAAUCCAGGGCAUGCUGAGUGACUCCAGCCAGGUCUCCUAAUCAACCAAAUUGGCCCGGUUGCUAGGGAGGGUAGAGUCACAUGGGGUAACCUCCUUGUGGUCGCUAUAAUGUGUGGUUCUCUCUCUCGGUGGGGUGCGUGGUGAGUUGUGCGUGGAUGCUGUGGAGAAUAGCGUGGGCCUCCACACGUGCUACGUCUCCGCGGUAACGCGCUCAACAAGCCACGUGAUAAGAUGUGCAAAUUGACGGUCUCAGACGCGGAGGCAACUGAAAUUCGUCCUCCGCCACCCGGAUUGAGGCGAGUCACUAUGCCACAAUGAGGACUUAGAGCACAUUGGGAAUUGGGUAUUCCAAAUUGCAGAGAAAAGGGGAGAAAAUAAAUUUUAAAUUUUAAAUUACUUACUUUCUAAAACACUUUUCCACUCAACAAAUUCAAAAUAAUUUCUAUAUUUCUUCCUUGUUCAUUGUUACACACAAGUCAUACCCUCAGCACCUCACAUUUCUCCUUGGCAAUGAUUCGUUACGGGGCUACAAUUCAUGUAUUCUACAUACAUAAUAUAUUAGAAAUAAGUAUAACGCCAUAACAUACUUAAAAGUAAUGAAAUUAAUUUAAAGUCAGUAACUGUAAUCUGAUUUAAAGAAUUUAAAAUAUAAAGCAUUACAUUACUCUUUUUUCCAAAAAAGUAAUUUGAUUACAGUAACUAAUUACUUUGUAAUUGGAUUACACCCAACACUGGUUGCUGAACCAAUGUGGGUCGAACGAUGGAUGUGCAACAUAGUUACUGUGGUUUCGGGAAACAGUUGUGACUAGCUAGUUAAUUUCUCAAAUGAUGCAUUGUACUAUGGUGGUUAAGCAGUGAGUUACGUCGUUGUAUGGGAAACGCACCCCAGAACAACCUAACAACUGCCUAUCAAUGCACUAAGAACCACUCAGAACAUCAUAGCAACCAUAUAGCAACACCCUGACAACCACCUACAACAACACUCUAGCAGCAGGUGGCACAUUUUGCACAAACAAAUAUGUUCUUAGAUUGUAAUCUUGACCAACCGUUUUUUGAGAUUUUGGUCUUUCUCAAUUCAAGUAGAUAGGAGCUGCACUGGCAUGACUGGAAAUAGCCUCCCAAGAGCGUUCCAAAGAUGGCCGACAGUGGACUGAGUUGCUAGAAAUACUUUGCUAGCACUCUUGUUUGUGAAAGCCUUAAUGUUUUUAUUUAAAAUGCCAGUGUCAUCUAAUUACUCUUAUUUGCAUAUAUAAUUUUAUAAGUAUUUUCUUAUAGGAAGAAAACUCCAUCCUAGUUAACAUAUUUUAAACAUACAGCACAUAUGAACAGUUUUGAAAGCUCCCACUCCAAUUUGCUUUCUCAUGACUUCAUCUCUCUCGUUCUCCUUGUUCUUCAUUAAGCAUGAAUGCAUUUGUCUUUUAUUUCUGGGUCAGACUGUUUGUACAGUAUGUUGACUUGGUUUGCUACAAACUAACAUCUGAAGGGCCAAAUAUCCUCUUUAUCUUUCACAGUGACUUGAGUCCAGCUCUUGUUUUAGUGCAGCUCCAUAUACAACAGGGAAAGACUGUGUGCUGUCGGAUUACAUUUCAUUAGCUACAGAGCAAACAUUGAAUACUCGUAUGCCGAAGCUUUACCCAUGAUUUCAAGUUUUAAAAGAGUGAAAAAUGUGCAAAACCUGUUGUGCUUUUACCCUUUGAAAAAUACCCUGAUCUCUGCUAAACUGCCUGAUUACUUAAUGUAGCAUUGUAAAUUAUUGUAAAUGGUGUGUGUAUAUGUAAACUUAUACUUUAAGGAGGCCAUUUAUUUGUCACCCUCCUGGGAAAACCUUCUAAACUGUUAUUAUUGUAUGUUUGCUUUACUUUUUAUGCAUUUGUACAUUGUACAAGAAAUUAUCUUUCUUUUUGUGUCCUUUGGGUCUCUGACAUCUCAGGGAGCAACUAUAUAAACUGUAAACAUUAAAACAUCCUGAACAGGCCAGUGUUUAGAGUAUGCCCCCUACAUGACACCCUCAAAGUGACCCUUAUUGUUGCCUUGAUAACAGAAGACUCCUCCUGUCUACUGACCUUGGCCUCUGUGACCUCAGAAACCUAAAAUUUAGAGCAGUCAAAAAUGCCAUGUAAUAAUAUUUUCUUACAUUUUCCUUUUGACAUGGCUGUAUGCCAUAACACACUUCCUGCAACUAUCAAAUAGAGUAUACAUAAAACAGUAAAUACCGUUGAACCACUGAGGAGUCUGUGGUACAGAUCGAAAUACAAAGAUUAACUCUGCUGCAAAGAGAACAUAUGAUAUACCUGUAUGUGAAUUUCAGAAACAAUAAUUGUGACAACCUUAAAGGGAUAGUUCACCCAAAAAUAAAAAUUCUGUCAUCAUUUACUCAUCUUCAAACUUGUAUGACCUUCUCUCUUACAUGGAAAAGAAAAGGUGAUUUUAGGAAGUAUGUUAGCCUCAAUCACCAUUCACUUUCAUUAUGGAAAAGAGAUGCAAUGAAAGUAAAUGGUGACUGAAGCAUUCCGCCUAAACUUUCCUUUUGUAUUCCAUGGAAGAAAGAAAGUCAUUGGGGGGUUUGGAACAUCAUGAGUAUUAGUAAAUUACUUUUUGGGAGAACUUUCCCUUUAAAUGAGACUUCACCCUUUUUUAACCUCAUAUCAACAUUCUAAUGUGUCCAAUAUGAGUAAUGAACAAUAAUUCAUCGAUUUCUAGAAAGGACAAGGACAAGCUUUAUAAAACGGUCCUCUAGCUGCUCUUGACAGUUUUGACAACAUCAACCAAAAGGACUACAACAUUUGUACUGAAAAGUUGGAGUUUGCAAAAUUGAAUGGCACUGUGCCAAGCCUCAAAGCCUCUUUAGUUAAAUGUACUCUUUAGUCAAUCUCUUUGCUUUUAUUGGCGAAAAGCUUGUCAGUAAAAGUGUGAGAGAGAGCUUGACUAUAAUGAGCCCUUGUUAACUGUAGCUUGAUAUACUGAUGAAUAAUUAGCAUGUAACCUAAUAUCUGUGCCUACUGUUUAUCAAUUAGUUUCUAUUCAUUUUGUUUUUGCUGAGUAUUAAAAUGUUAUUUUUAUUUCCAAAUUUGCCAUCAAACCAUAUUAUCACCCAAAUAUUUCAUUAUGUGUAUCAUACUCUUUAGCAGAAUCCAUGUGCACAUUUAAACUAUGCAUAAGAUGUUCCCAUUUUAAACCACAGCAGAUAAUUGGGACAGCAUUAUACCUGGCACACACCCAGCAGGUCUGGGAUCAGUAUGUUCAAGUCAUUCCUGUGUAGGCGGUCCACACACUGGAAUAGAAUGAGAGCAUCUUUAAACAUGUCAUAAUGUUCAGAGGAUGAGCCAAUGCCACAUAAGCUUUCACGAAUGAGUCCUACGCCUCAAUAUUUAUUACCUGUUCAAUCUGAAGUGUCAGUUUCAGAGUUUGAGGUUGUCUUUAUGUCCAUACUAAUGUCUAUGGUCAUAUGUAAUAAUUGUAAAUUGAUAUAAAUAUAUUAUUAUAAUGAAAUAUAUACAUAUAAUAGUAUGUUUCUAUUAUGAUUAUAUUGUUAUAAUCCAUUGUAACCCAAAUACAGUUAACAUAUUAUAUAAGAGUUGUAAUAAACAUACAUGUAUCUAU